CAUGAAACACCGUUACAACGUCUACCGCCGGCAACCGACGUCCGUCGACUAAGCCGCAUUUGCCAUUGUACAUCACAACAAACGCGCUCAUUAGCAUUCCGCCCCAUCCUGCAUUCGGAUUGGCUGAGCUGCCGGUAUCACACCCUCAAACCCAUGCCAAGUACACCCCUCUGGACCCUGGACCUGAACGGGCUCUUAUUGGUUGGGCUCAAGGGAACGAGGAGGCCCAGGCUGUUAAAAGGUGGCAGCUGUGAUGUUGGUUAGGAGAGGAGUGAGAAGAAGCUAAUUUCAUCAACAGGGCUACAUGUUGUUUUUCACCAUUGUCAUCAAAAUGCCCAGUUCUCUCCGCCUGCUCAUCCUGGUGACAGCAUUGGUGGUGGUAGCAGUGGUAGAAGCGUUAGCAUCUAGGAAUCCAUACCGAGUCCACACAAAGCCCACUAAGAGGCCUCAGGGUGGAGAAAGCCCCUCACAGCUGCCCUCCCGUGUGGGGGCUCGCCACACUACCACCGCCACUGCCAUCCACUCCAGCAGUGCAGCCGCUGAGGAGACCACAGACUCCAUCACGGAUGCAUAUUCCCUGUCUCCCACUGACAGCACCACCUACGCUAGUGAUGCUUACUCUUCAGACUACCACACUGAGGCAAUGCUGCCCCCUGGAGUGGGUCAAAGGAAUUACACCCUGGACUACAACGAGUGCUUCUUCAACUUCUGUGAGUGCUGUCCACCUGAGAGAGGCCCUCCUGGACCCACUGGAGAGAAGGGGUCAUCAGGUGGUCCAGGGCAGAAGGGUGAGGGGGGACUUCAGGGACCAAUAGGGCCAGCUGGACCCCCUGGAGCUCGUGGACCGCAAGGAGAAAAAGGAGAUCGAGGUGAUGCUGGAGAGAAGGGGCUGCCGGGAAUUCCAGGACUUGCUGGGAUGCGUGGGGAUAAGGGUGAGGCAGGACUUAAAGGAGACAAAGGAGACAUCAGUUUGCCUGGACUGAAAGGUGACCCUGGAGAAAGAGGGGAACCUGGACAGAAUGGCACCAAGGGAGAGAUGGGUGAGCCCGGCAUGCACGGUCUCAUGGGACCUGCCGGACUGGAUGGAAUGAAGGGGGAAAAAGGUGAAAAGGGAGAAAUGGGAGAAGAUGGUGGUGGCGAGAAGGGUGAGAAAGGUGACAGAGGUGAACCUGGGCCACCAGGACCAAAGGGGGACAUGGGCAUCCCGGGAUUCAAUGGCACUCAUGGGUCUCCUGGGACUGUGGGUGAGAAAGGAGACCCAGGGCCACAAGGUGCCCAGGGGGAGCCUGGCACAAAGGGACCACCUGGACCACCAGGGCAAAGAGGUAUGUCUGGUAUGAAAGGGGUCCGAGGUCUGAAAGGUAUGAGGGGCCUAAGGGGAGUGAAGGGAUCCAAAGGGGAACCUUUCAUUCAGAAACGUUCGGCUUUCAGCGUGGGACUCUUCCCAAGCAGGUCCUUCCCGCCUCCUGGCCAGCCCGUCAAAUUUGACAAGGUCAUCUAUAAUGAGGAAGGCCACUGGGACCCCAACAUCAGCAAAUUCAACUGCACUUAUGGCGGCGUCUAUGUCUUUUCCUACUAUAUCACCGUGCGCAAUCGUCCUUUGCGGGCAGCUCUGGUGGUUAACGGGGUUCGUAAAUUGCGUACCCGUGACUCCCUCUACGGCCAGGAUAUCGACCAGGCAUCCAACAUGCUGCUGAUCCGACUGUCCUCUGGUGACCAAGUGUGGCUGGAGACGCUGCGGGACUGGAAUGGUGUUUAUUCCAGCAGUGAAGAUGACAGUACCUUCUCUGGGUUCUUACUGUUCGCGGAUGCCACUAAGGACUAACUUCUGAGACCUUCGCUUGACUGCUUCUCUGAUCAGUGCCUGUUGUCUAGGCGUGCCUUGAAAGCCACCUAUUUUACUUGAGCCUUGUACUGAAACACGCUUACUAACAGCAACUGAAGAGCUACUAAUCACUCUGCUUUGUGCAUUAUCAUCAGAAACUGAUGUCAGAGUGCACCUUCAGGGAUGGUUUUCGAAAAACCAUUACUUGUAGUCAUAGACUGAAAAAAGGAUGUUCAUUGGAGAGGAGAUAUGUGGCACUGCUAUUAUACAUAUUUUCCUGCUCGUACAAUAAAACCCAUUGCACUUCA